AUGGCCAUCAGGGAGGAGCUGCGGAGCUGGUGCUUCUGGCAGGGGGUGCUGGUGGAGGCUGUGGCCACGCUCAUCUUCGUGGGAGUGGUGCUGGGCGCCUCAGUGGACCCCAGACCCCUGGCACCAGCGUUGGCCGGGGGUCUGGUGGCAGGGGCGCUGGUCUGCACCCUCAGGGCACCCCAGGCCAACCCGGCGCUCACCCUGGCCCUGCUCUGCACCCGCAAGCUGAGUGCCCUGCGUGGGGCCGCCGGGCUCCUGGCACAGUGCACCGGGGCUGUGCUGGCCUCCGCCAUCGCCCGCCUGGCGCUGCCGGAUGACACCAGCCUUGUCACCAGGGUGAGCGCAGCGGGGACGGCGGGACAAGCCCUGGCCUGGGAGACCUUUGCCACCUUCCAGCUGGCGCUGGCUGCCUUUGCCACCACCGACCAGGUGGCCCCCCAGGGUGGGCUGGCUCUGGGCAGUGCUGUGGCUGCCGGUGCCCUGGCUGCGGGGCCGUUCUCGGGGGGCAGCAUGAACCCAGCGCGUUCGCUGGGGCCAGCCAUCGUCACUGGCAUCUGGGAUGACCACUGGGUGUACUGGCUGGGGCCGGUGCUGGGUGCGGUGCUGGCCGGGCUCUCCUACGAGUUCAUCUUCGCCCCCGGCGCAUCCCGGGAGAAGCUGGGUGCCUGCCUCGCCUGCCAGGACGUGGCACUGGUGGAGACCACCAGCCCAUCCCCCUCCUCAGCCUCCACCCGCGGCCACCCAGCCCCCCCGGCUGAGCGAGACCAGGGCACGGCCUGAGCCCCCCAGCCCCCUGCUCCGACCCAGCCCCUGGGAGGUGGCACAGAGGCUCCAGCGCCAGGUCCCCGCCAGACCCCAGCACCUGCCGUGGGGCACGCAGGACACGGUGCCCCCCCCGGCAGGGUGGGGGGUCCAUGCACAGAUGGCUCCAGCUCCCCCCUCCCCAUCCCACCCUCUCCCCACAGGGCGGAUUAAAGUUGCCUUUGGGUUGGA